AAAGGGCUUAUGUUUGAAUCAAAUUUAAAAAAGUAGCAUUUCAAUGCUCUUUAACGCUAAUUAGGAAAGUGACAGUUAUGUAAAGAAUGUUGGAACUUGUAGUCAAUUUUCUGCACAAUUCGUAUUCUAACGCAGUAAUCGGAGGUUUUCAAAAACUACAACUCCCAUAAUUCCAACGCUCAAACGCAGCCAGCAUCUCAUUCAAAGUGCAGAGAUUCUGUGUUUUGGUUCAUGUAGUGAACGGACAGAGUUAGCUUUUGCAGUCUCACGACUUGAAAUUAGUGUUUAAUCUACCAGCCGACCCUCUAACACAUCAUUAGAUAAUAAAAGCGCAUAAACGACUCGUCCGAAGACCUGCUAUCUUCUGUCCGCGAGACGGGGGAGUGCCUGAAAUUGAAGAUUUAUCUUGUGAGCUAACAUCAGCAGCAUCAGGUUGACCCAUGUCCUCCGAGGAGGCCCUCGGCUCCACGCUCUCACACUGGCUCUCCUUCAACUGGCUGCUUCUGCCUUUCGUUAUGCUCCUGGUAACGUUAGUGGCUGCUUUCAUCGUGGUCUUCGUGCUGCUGCUGUACAUGAUAUCCCCGUUAAUAAGCCCCAAACCUCUCAAACUGAACGGGGCCCAUGUGGUGGUGACCGGAGGCAGCAGUGGGAUCGGGAAGUGCAUUGCCAUGGAAUGCUACAAACACGGUGCCUUCAUCACUCUGGUGGCACGAGAUGAGCACAAACUGGUUCAAGCCAAGAAAGAAGUGGAGAAAUGUGCCAUAAAUGAUAAGCAGGUGGUGCUUUGCAUUUCUGUUGAUGUGUCGAAAGGCUAUAACCAGGUGGAGAGUGUCAUAAAACAAGCUCAAGAGAAGCUGGGUCCUGUGGACAUGCUGGUGAAUUGUGCCGGGAUGUCCAUAUCUGGGACGUUUGAGGAAGUGGGAGUGGACAGCUUCAAGAAACUGAUGGAGGUGAACUAUCUAGGCAGCGUUUACCCCACCCGGGCAGUGAUCACCACUAUGAAGGAAAGGCGGAUGGGCCGCAUCAUGUUUGUGUCGUCACAGGCAGGGCUGAUCGGCCUCUUUGGCUACACGGCCUACUCACCGUCCAAAUUCGCCCUGCGUGGUCUGGCUGAGGCCUUGCAGAUGGAGAUGAAGCCUUAUAAUAUCUACGUAACUGUGGCGUAUCCUCCAGACACUGACACUCCGGGUUUUGCAGAAGAGAAUAAGACUAAGCCUCUGGAGACCAGGUUAAUUUCAGAAACGUCUGGAGUCUGUCAGCCUGAGCAAGUAGCAAAAGUUGUGGUGAAGGAUGCAUUGCAGGGAAAUUUCACCAGCGCAGUCGGACCCGAUGGCUACAUGCUGUCAGCGCUGACCUGUGGGAUGUCCCCCGUUACCUCCAUCACUGAGGGGCUGCAGCAGAUUGUGACGAUGGGGUUGUUCCGCACCAUCGCGCUCUUCUACCUGGGCAGCUUUGACAGCAUCGUCCGCCACUGCAUGAUCCAGAGAGAACAGUCCAAAGCAGCAGACAAGAGGGAGUAGCACCAGGAUUCCCACCACAUCCAUCUCUAUCAGCAGCACUACAUUCACACACAUACACACACACACACACACCUCAGAGCACGCUCCGCCCCUGCCCGGCCCACCAGAUGUGUUCAAAUGGGUAGAAGAGGUCCACCCUGACAAAACACUGUUUAUGCUGUAAUAGGCAUCUGUCCAUCUUUCAUGAUGUGUUUUUCAGAACCCCGAUCAUUCCAGUGCAUGCUGCAUUAAUAUUUCAAGAAGCAAACAGCUUUAUUUGCAUUUAAAUUAUUUACUCAUUGGCUCUCCCUGCCUCUAGUACAUUCUUUUGUUUCAGAAGGUUUGUGGUCAUUCUCAAAACCACAUACUAUCUAAGUUCUUGUUCUAGCCUGUUGGCGUAAUGUUAUUUCAACACUAGAAUUAAUUUCAGUCAACUUUAGAUUGAGAUGUUACCAUAUGCUGUAUAGGUACAAAACAAACCUGUAUAGGUGAAGAACAACAACUUCGCUUCCUUAUGUUACAAUGAGGUGAAGAACUGUCCUAUGUUCUUCUGGCUGGUUGGUGAUGUUCAUUGUCAAGCACUGUAUCUUCCUGCUUUUAGAUUUCAUGGUUUUAUGGUACGGACACAGGACAUCUGUGUGAGUCUGCCACUCUGCCUUAUCUUCUUUGCUCUGUGGGGAGGUUUCUGAAGGAAAUGUUUACCUUUUAAAUGUGAGUGUGAGUGUUUAUGUAUAUUUGUCUGCUUGUACGCAUGCGUUUAGGUGACCUCAGGGGCAUUCUAAGAGUUCACUGAACUGAAGGAUGGGUCAGGAUGACUCGCUGGUUCGAGUCAGUGCACCUUUCUGCCAACAGGUGGAGCAGGAGAUCCAAACGGAUCAGGUGUAGUAACCAGAGCAAAAGCCUAAGUAGCUCUUACUAAAAGCUGAUCUAGAAUCAGUCAGAAUAAUCAUAGUCAGAACCCCAGAACUCAAAUACUGUAGAUGUUGUGAAGCUUGAUCAGAUUUGUACAUGAAACCGAGCAAUAUGGCUUCCACAAGUGAAGUGAAUUUCCUUGUGCUCUGCUCUGUCGUAAUGCAAAGUGGAUGGUUCCAGCAUAUAAACUGUGUUUUCUGAUUUAGAUUCUUGUUGCAAGUCGCACCUUACUGCUAGAGAGAAAAUGACACUUACUCAUGCUGUUGUAAUAUUUGCCUUCCUCACUGUCACAAGCAAACGGGGAGCAUGUGAUGUGAUCACACCCUGCGGAUGUUUAUCAGGAGUCAAUCUCCUGAAUGCCUGAAUGCACAGAAAAGAGUCUAUUUAAAGUGAUAGUUGACCCAGAUAUGAACAUUCUUUCGUUAUUUACUCGCCCUCAUGUCCUUCCAAACCUGUAGAACUUUCAGUCUUCUGUAGAACACAGAAAGAGAUGUUUAGUGGAAUGUUCAUGCAGCUCCUUUCCUUACAGUGAAAGUGAAAGAGGGCUGCAAAAAGGACGAUUAAAGUGGUCCGUAUGAGAUGCAGUACCUUCUGAAGAAGCCUGAUUGAUUUGUUUGAGAAACCGGGAAAUUUAAAGCCCUUGAAUUAAAGAUCUUGAAGAUACUGUACAUGAGAUUUGAGAGUUUUCUGUGAGCAUUGAGUAAAAAUUGAUCGUGUGCAUGAGUCUUAUGAACUACAUUUAUGGUGCUUUUUUUCAUUUUAUGGAAAAGAGCAGUAUAAACAGUUCCUCUUUUGGUUCCACAGAAAAAAAAAAAGUCCCAUGGUUUUGGAAUGACAUGAGUGUGAGUAAAUGAUUACAGAAUAUUUUUAUUUUUGGUUGAAGUAACACUUUUAUUCAAUACAACUUUUAUGCUGCUCUGUUUUCCCUAGAACUCGUCCCUUUCUUUUUUACCUUACCUUUGUCCUACUAAUAAAGUAGUCAUUGUAAGCACAUAGGCUUCUCUAACCGCUGUAUUUCUGCUUUCCCAUAACGUAUAUAAUCAUUUAUUAGCCUGCAACGUGGGGUUUUUUUUUGUCAGAACUUGUUUAAAUCAUAGUUUUAUGGUCAUUUUAGAGUUUAGGUUACUGUAAACAAAAUGUAGUUCUAUUCUAAUAUCAGAAUUUUCUGCUAAUUCCAGUAAAUUAUUUUUUGAAGAAAAAUCCCCCUUUCCAUUCCUUGUCUGGCAUUUGCAGGUAUUCUAGAAACCCUUGACCAAUGCAGCCAGGCACUACAGUCAUGGAGACCCAUUCCAAGCCUUAAGAGAUCCAGACACAGACCACUAUAAAAGCUAUAAGGGUUGAUACCUCCACAUCCAGCUAUGGCAUAGAUUGUGUAUGGUUUACGUAUAUUUGUUUUAGUAUGGAAAAAUACAUUGUUUCUGCUUGUUUGUACAUUAUUUGCUAUGAAUAUUUUUUACAAAGAUACCCAAAAUAUGAAAAUGAGAAUGCAUGAGUCAAAACGACGAUGUUCUCAUUUGAUACUGGCUCCAGACACGUUGUCCAGCACAUAGUAGUGAUAUAUGUGUCGGACUUACGAAUCGUCAAGCCCUCUUCCAUAACACAUGGACGUAGUCAUUUUAUUAAGUCGUUAAGAAGCUAACAGAGAAAUUGUUUGAACUCCUUGAAGCUAUGCAAAUCAAGCCUGUGCUCACACUUCAUUCAAACACACAAGAGGACACUUGCAUUUGUUUUUUUUGUUUUGUUUUUUUUACAGUCUUCUGCUUUAGUUAACACUUUUAUUGACUGAAGUUGAGAUAUUUCUGAGAAUAAGAUAUAUAGUUUGAGUAACUUUUAAAAGAAAGACUAAGACCAAUGUUCUGCUUCUGUUUGUUCAUUUGUUGCCAAACUUGCAUAAAUUUCUCCUUGUGUGCCAUAGGAGAAAAAAGAGGAUGUUGUUGCUUUGUCUUAUUUUCUUACAUAAAGAAAUAAAUAACUUUUGAAAGUUAA